GUAAAUGUCAUCAAAGCGCUGUCUGACAGGGAGUUGUUUAUGGGUCGUGUCACGUUUAAAAACUCAGAAAACUUUCUGUUUCGACAGUUUGACACACAGCAGGUUCGAGAGCCUGUUGCAUGAAACUAUUUGAGAACAGGUUUUACCUUUGGCUUUGUACUCAUGGGAAUCAUGGGAAUCAUGGGAAUUUCACAUAUUCAUCUUCUGGUGAUCAUAUCAGUUCUGUGUCUUGAAAGGGCACAAACAACUACAGUAACUCCACAACAAACAAGUCAAUCAGUGACAUCAACAACGACAUCCACUACUCCUUCAAGUCUUCAAUGGCAAGCACCAGAGAUGUUCUAUCCAUUUGGCUCGGCAGUAGGAGACAUCCACUCUCUUGUUCCUGAUAAUGAAAACUUCACCCUGGUUACCCUGUCCAGUCCAUUUCAGUAUUUUGGGCGGCAGUAUCACCUGAUAUAUGUGAACAAUAAUGGACUUCUUUCAUUAAGCCGAGAGAUACCAGAGGCGAACCCUUUUCCUUUUCCAUAUGGACUUGAAGAUUUAAUCGCUCCUCUCUGGACUGAACUCGAUGACUAUGGUCUCGGUGCGUACUAUUAUCAGGAGUACACAUCUGGAGAUGUGCUCACACGCGCCACUCAAGAUAUAAACCGUUAUUAUCCUGGUCUGAGCUUCAGCGCUUCUUGGGUCUUUGUGGCAACUUGGGACUUCGUUCAAACUUGGGAUACAAAUGUAUUCUCAAAUCAUUCAGCUCCGUCAAUCUCAGUUCAGGUGGUUUUAAUUUCGGAUGGUAGUCGUUCUUUUAUCCUGAUGAACUACGGUGACGUUGAUGUGAUAAAUUUUCCAGUGGAGGCGGGUUAUGACACAAUAGGCUCCACACAUUAUUUCGUCAUUCCCGAUUCAACCGAUGGAAACCUCAUCCCAAACCUCAAAUACUCAUCUAAUGUAAACGUUCAAGGUCGUUGGGCUUUCUCUGCAAAUCAAGGAAUUGUUCAAUUUAGAGAGACCUUCUAUCCAGUUGGUUUGGCGGCAGGAGACAAACAAACACUUGUUGCUGAGACUGAAAGCUUCGAUUGGGUUACCCUGUCCAGUCCAUUUCAGUAUUUUGGGCGUCACUAUCACCUGAUAUAUGUGAACAAUAAUGGACUUCUUUCAUUAAGCCGAGAGAUACCAGAGGCGAACCCUUUUCCUUUUCCAUAUGGACUUGAAGAUUUAAUCGCUCCUCUCUGGACUGAACUCGAUGACUAUGGUCUCGGUGCGUACUAUUAUCACGAGUACACAUCUGGAGAAGUGCUCACACGCGCCACUCAAGAUAUAAACCGUUAUUAUCCUGGUCUGAGCUUCAGCGCUUCUUGGGUCUUUGUGGCAACUUGGGACUUCGUUCAAACUUGGGAUGGGAAUGUAUUCUCAAAUCAUUCAGCUCCGUCAAUCUCAGUUCAGGUGGUUUUAAUUUCGGAUGGUAGUCGUUCUUUUAUCCUGAUGAACUACGGUGACAUCAAUGUGAUAGGUUUUCAAGUGGAGGCGGGUUAUGACACAAUAGGCUCCACACAUUAUUUCGUCAUUCCCGAUUCAACCGAUGGAAACCUCAUCCCAAACCUCAAAUACUCAUCAAAUGUAAACGUUCAAGGUCGUUGGGCUUUCUCUGCAAAUCAAGGCAUUGUACAAUUUACAGAGAACUUCUAUCCAGUUGGUUUGACGGCAGGAGACACACAACUGUUUGUUUUCGCUGCUGAAAGCGUUGUUGAAGUUAGCCUGUCCAGGCCAUUUCUGUAUUUUGGCCGCUCGUACAAUAUGAUAUAUGUGAACAAUAAUGGACUCCUUUCGUUCAGCCAACCCAUUGCAGAGAUGGAACCUUUGUCUUUUUCAUCUUACGGUGAAGAUUUAAUCGCUCCUCUCUGGACAGAUCUGGAUGAUUUUGGAUUUGGUAUAGUUUACUAUCAGGAGUACACAUCUGGAAAUGUGCUCACACGCGCCACUGAAGAUAUAAAAAGUUAUUAUCCUGGUUUGAGCUUCAACGCUAAUUGGGUCUUUGUGGCAACUUGGGACUUUGUUCAAACUUGGGAUGAAAGUGGGUUUUACCAGCAUGCAGCCCCGAUAAUCUCGUUUCAAGUUGUUUUAAUCUCAGAUGGAAGUCAUUCUUUUAUCUUGAUGAACUAUGGUGACAUUUCUGUGUUUGGUCGUGAAGCAGAGGCCGGUUAUGGCACAAUAGGCUCCACACAUUAUUUUGUCAUUCCUGGUUCAAACGAUUUGAACCUCGUCCCAAACCUCAAGCACACAAGUAAUGUACACGUUCCGGGUCGCUGGGCCUUCAUGGCGUAUCCAGAAAAUGUAGUCGGUCUUCAAAUGACAGUGACCUCAUAUUUGGACCUAAUAGAAGGAGGAAACCUUGCGUUUGUUUUGGAGCAAAUAAAACAUGAGCUGGUUAUUCGCGGCCUGUCAAGUGACGUGCAGCUUUCCGCACGAAGAGUUAAGAAAACCCCGUGAAGGUUUAUCCAAACCAGUUUAAGUCUCUGAUGGUGGAGAAUCAUGCCAUUGUCUGGUCUCAGGAAUGUUUGUGUGCCUUUCAAUCUUCAACUCACUUUCUGUUUCUCAUACACACAUGCACAAAUGAUGAAGAAGUGUGUUGAACAAAUAAAAAACAUUACACUUUAUAUCUUAAAUAAGAACUUUCUUUGGUUUGUUGCUUUCUUUUGUGUUAUUGAAUGUCUUUAUUAACUCUAUCUCUUUUAAACGCCUUAAAUACUUGCUUUGCACUUGCCUUCAUAGAUUGCUUAAGGAUAACUUUAAAACGCUUUUCAACAUCUUGGUAAAUGUUUUUUGGCAGUAAUGAUGCAUUGACACCACAUGUGCUGGAUAA